GCGGUAUGAGGGACCGACUCCUGAGCUGGAUACAGACCUUUAUCAACACAUCAGAGAGUCUAUUGAAGUGGUUCUCUCUGAUUCCGCGGCAAAUGAGAUUGCGGCUAGCAAUGUGAACCGCGGGCGUCGCGCCCUUCAGAUUGAAAGUGAUACUGCAGAUGCACUCUUGCCCAAUCUGAAGUUAGCGAAACACCGUUUUGAAUCCCACACUACUCCAUUGUGCCGGCUUCUGAGCAACCUGCCUGCUGUGAUUGCCGUGGCACAGCGAAUAAUCCAGCAGCGGCAUGAUGCCACAGGUGCCUCCAUCAGAAAUUGGUUGAACUCACUGACUUCUGAGCAUGUGCUGCAGCUCAGCAUGUUGGCAGACUGCACUGACGAGGCUCUGGUCCUCCUCAGGCUUGUCGAUGACGAGCAAUGCGACAGUGCUGAAUUGGGAAAUUAUGUCCAAGGCUUUGCAGACCGGAUCCAAGCUUUGAUCCUCAACAAGCUGAUUCUGGACACCGGCUACACCAAAUUUACCUUAGACACGCUAUCGGAAGGCAAGGUUGCUUUCUUCGCUUCCGGUGAUGCUCGACGGCUCAGACCUUGUGAUCAAGAGAUGACGGACCGAUGCUUGGACCACAUGAAG